AAUUAAAGAGGAAAGCUGAAGACACAAAAUUGCCUGGAGGAGGAGAAAAAGUAUUUUACAAGUAAAGGAUUUAUGGAAGCUGAAACGCGCAUAUGAGUUCAGCCUUGUAAAAGCUCGCCUUUCCCGUGCUUCUGUGUUGAAAGCAGUAAACCCUUUGAGAUCUCGGGUACAGCGAACAUCCGUCAAGCGAAAAGGUAAAGCAUCAGCGGCUGGACGACGACAGAGGGGUCAAGAUCCUGGUGGAGAAGCCCGCGGGAGGCUGCCUCCUCGGGAGCAAUUUGAUCCUCCAACCUAGCAGGAGGGCUUGGCCGCAAGCGCGCCUGGGAGUCGCUGAAUGGGCCGAGCUGCCCAAGAACGCGCGCAAAGGGAAAGCGGCGGCCGCCCUCACUCCGUCCGACCACGCUUGCGUUGCUCUCCGGGGGCCCGGGAUUGCCCUGCUCAGUCCCCGCGGCGUCCCUGCACCGGGCGAGGUAGUCGGAUUUAGUAUUUGAGAUGCUUCCCUUGACCAGCAAGUCCAUGACAUUUGAUAGCUUUCCUGAUCCUUCGGAUACCUGGGAAAUAAUUGAAACUAUUGGCAAAGGAACAUAUGGCAAAGUUUUUAAAGUAUUCAACAAGAAAAAUGGAAGCAAAGCAGCAGUCAAGAUCUUGGAUCCCGUUCAUGAUAUCGAUGAGGAAAUUGAAGCUGAAUACAAUAUUUUGAAAGCUCUGUCUGAUCAUCCAAAUGUAGUCAAGUUCUAUGGACUAUACUACAAAAAAGAUGUGAAGGAUGGAGAUCAACUCUGGCUGGUUCUAGAGCUGUGUAAUGGAGGGUCUGUGACUGACCUUGUUAAAGGGUUUUUGAAGAGAGGAGAAAGAAUGAGUGAACUUAUUAUUGCCUACAUUUUACAUGAAGCCCUAAUGGGACUUCAGCACCUGCAUGAAAACAAAACCAUCCACCGUGACAUCAAGGGAAAUAAUAUUCUAUUGACCACGGAAGGAGGUGUCAAACUUGUAGAUUUUGGUGUAUCUGCUCAGCUGACCAGCACUCGUCUCCGCCGGAAUACAUCAGUAGGGACUCCCUUUUGGAUGGCUCCUGAGGUAAUUGCAUGUGAGCAACAGUUGGAUAGUUCCUACGAUGCCAGAUGUGAUGCAUGGUCACUUGGUAUCACUGCCAUAGAAUUGGGGGAUGGAGAUCCACCGUUGGCUGAUUUACAUCCUAUGAGAGCUCUUUUCAAAAUACCAAGAAAUCCACCUCCAACGUUACGGCAGCCAGAGAUAUGGUCAGCUGAAUUCAAUGACUUUAUCAGCAAGUGCUUAACCAAAGAUUAUGAGAAGCGCCCGACAGUGUCUGAGCUCUUGCAACAUGAUUUUGUGAAGCAGGCUGAGGGCAAGGAGAACAUCCUGCAGAUGCAGCUGACAGAAUUCAUUGAUGUGCAUCAGCAAAUGGGAAUAACCGAAAAAGCAAGAUUUGAGCGCAUUCAUACUAAGAAAGGGAACUACAGUAGGUCUCCAGCUCCAAACCAGGAGGAUGUAGAUGAUUUGGCAACCUUGGAAGUAUUAGAUGAGAAUACAGUAACAGAGCAACUGCAAAAGAGCUACGCCAGGAAUCAGAUUUACACCUACGUGGGAGACAUUCUCAUCGCAGUCAAUCCUUUCCGGAACUUAAACCUUUAUGCCACACAGCAUUCCAAACUAUACAUUGGGGCCAAGCGGACCGCCAAUCCUCCUCACAUUUUUGCUGUGGCUGACAUCGCAUACCAAUCCAUGGUCACGUACAAUUCAGAUCAGUGUAUUGUUAUUUCUGGGGAAAGUGGAGCAGGAAAGACUCAGAGUGCCCAUCUUCUGGUUCAACAGCUAACUGUCCUUGGAAGGGCUAAUAACAGGACUCUUCAAGAAAAGAUUCUCCAAGUCAAUAAUCUUCUGGAGGCUUUUGGAAACGCAGGCACCAUUAUUAACGAUAAUUCCAGCAGAUUUGGGAAAUAUCUAGAAAUGAAAUUCACUUCCAGUGGAACUGUUGUAAGCGCUCAGAUAUCAGAAUAUCUCCUAGAAAAAUCUAGAGUCAUACAUCAAGCUGUGGGGGAGAAGAAUUUCCAUAUUUUUUAUUACAUCUAUGCUGGUUUGGCAGAGAAGAAAAAACUAGCACAUUAUAAAUUGCCAGAAAAUAAGCCUCCCAGGUACCUGCAGAAUGAACUUCUCAGGACAGUACAAGAUUUCAUGAACAAUAGUUUUUACAAAUCUCAAUUUGAACUGAUUGAGCAGUGCUUCAAAGUGAUUGGUUUUACAAUGGAGGAACUUGGAAGCGUAUACAGCAUACUUGCUGCCAUUUUAAAUGUGGGUAACAUUGAAUUCUCAUCAGUGGUAACUGAGCAUAUGAUUGACAAGAGCAUCAUUUCCAAUCCAACGCCUCUUGAUAACUCUGCUUCCUUGCUGUGUAUUCAGGCAGAUGAACUGCAGGAAGCUCUGACCUCUCAUUGUGUGGUGACCCGUGGGGAAACAAUUAUACGACCCAACACAAUGGAAAAAGCUAGUGAUGUCAGAGAUGCCACGGCCAAAGCAUUGUAUGGGCGUCUCUUUAGUUGGAUAGUCAAUCACAUUAAUAUGCUGCUCAAGCCAGAUAAGUUUUUAAGUGAAAGUGAUGAUGGUCUGAACAUUGGAAUUCUUGAUAUUUUUGGUUUUGAAAACUUCAAAAAAAAUUCCUUUGAACAGCUCUGUAUCAACAUUGCCAAUGAACAGAUUCAAUUCUACUUCAAUCAGCAUGUCUUUGCCUGGGAACAGAAUGAAUACCUGUACGAAGGUGUUGAUGCGCGAGUUAUUGAGUAUGAAGACAACAGACCUCUUUUAGACAUGUUCCUACAAAAGCCAAUGGGAUUAUUGUCCCUGCUUGAUGAGGAAAGCCGGUUUCCUCGGGCCACUGAUCAGACGCUUGUAGAAAAAUUUGAAGACAACUUGAAGUCAAAAUAUUUCUGGAGACCAAAAAGAGUAGAUUUGACAUUUGGAAUUUACCAUUAUGCAGGGAAGGUUCUUUAUAAUGCAAGCGGGUUCUUGGCCAAAAACAGAAACACUUUGCCAGCUGAUAUUGUACUGCUGUUGCGAUCCUCAGAAAACUAUUUGACUAGACAGCUGGUCAUCCACCCUCUUACAAAAACAGGUAAUUUGGCACAUACGAAAAGCAAGAAUGCAAUUAACUACCAGACGUGGACUCCACAGAAAGCAAUCAGCCAAACAAAGCUGGAUAUCUUUGUGUUGUGCAAUUCGUAUUCCUUCCGUGAGAAUGAACCGGAGGAUUCCACGCACCAUCCAAGAGAAACAACCAACAUGAAGACACAGACGGUUGCUUCGUAUUUUAGAUACUCGCUAAUGGAUUUGUUAUCGAAAAUGGUGGUCGGCCAGCCUCACUUUGUCCGUUGCAUUAAGCCAAACAAUGAUCGUCAGGCAAACAAGUAUGACAAAGAAAAGGUUUUGGUACAGCUACGCUACACUGGAAUUCUGGAAACGGCACGAAUUCGGAGGCAGGGAUAUUCUCAUCGUAUUCUUUUUGCUAACUUCAUAAAACGAUACUAUCUCCUUUGUUACAAAUCAAGUGACAACCCCCCUGUAAGCCCCGAAACUUGUGCUGCCAUCUUGGAAAAAGCUCAGCUUGAUAACUGGAUACUUGGAAAAACUAAGGUGUUCCUCAGGUACUAUCACGUAGAGCAGCUAAACUUAAUGCGAAAGGAGGCAAUCAACAGGAUUGUGUUGAUCCAAGCAUACAUCAGAGGAUGGCUUGGUUCAAAAAGAUACAAGAAGAUAAAGGAGAAAAGGGAAGAAAGUGCAAUUAAAAUACAAUCAGCAUACAGGGGAUUUGCCAUUCGCAGAGAGUAUGUAAGUGCAAAGAAGACGCAGAAAAUGGAAAUGUGCAUUACUGGACUUCAGGCUGUUGCAAGAGGAUACUUAAUCAGAAAGAAAAUUAAAGACAUAAAGGAUGAAAAUAAUAAAGCAGCAAUGACAAUUCAGUCUCACUACAGGGGAUACAGAGAGAGAAGGAGUUUCCAUCGGAAAAGGGAAUCACUUCUCCUGAAGAAACAGACUGAAACUGCAGCUACCUUGAGUGAAAAGGAAAAAGAUGAAGAAAAUCUAGAGGUUGGGGGGAAUGCAGCCGCUGAGCAGAGCUCUCCUCCGGAGGUUGAGAGAGAUGCAGAUGUUGCUCGGAGCACUUCUCCAGAGGUGGAGGAGAAUGCAAGUGUUCAACAGAGAUCUCCUCCAGAGGCUGAAGGAAACGCAGCUGUGACAGCAAGAUCUCCUCCAGAGGCUGAAGACAGUGUGGUUGCUGCACAAGGCUCUCCGCCAGUGGUUGAGGGGGGUGCAGCAGUUGGGCAGGGAUGUCCCCCUCGAACUGAAGAGGAAGCUGCUGUUAUCCUUCAGAGCAACUAUCGGGGUUUCAGAGAACGGAAGAAGGCCAAGGAGCAGUGUGAGAAAAUGGCAGAGCAAGAACUGUCUCCAGUGGAAAAUCUCAAAGCAGCACAAAAGCCAGUUCAAGAUGUAGUGCAGGGAGCAGAAGCGGGUAUAGAUCAACAAGAUACAGCAGCUGCUGCUGCUCAGAGCGUCUCCUUGGAGCAAAAGGCACUGGAGGAAAACAAAGAGAUGCUUCCUAGUAGAGGCAAUUCUUCAGUGACACAAAAGCCUUCAGGAGAGCUUCUAGAGGAAGACAAAGAAAAGGCCAUUUUGAACCAGUUGUCUAAGAAAGCAGCUAUCAAAAAGGCAAGCGACCCCAGCCAGCCUCAGGAAAUAAGUGGCACAAAUGAGAAGAAUCAAGUUGCCGUUGUUGCCUGCGAGAGUGCCCUGGAAAGAGGUUCUCUGAAACAUGGCCGGACAGUUCCCUGCGAGAAUAAAGCAAGUGUAAGGAAAGGCUCCAUGAGGGGCUCUCAGAAGCAUAUUGAGGCCAGCAAGCAGGCCUCGGGGGACAAAGAGAAAGCCGCGUUAGUCAUUCAGAGCAAUUAUCGAGGGUACCGGAGAAGGGGACAGCUCAGAAAAGAAGGGAAAUUACCUCCCGGAAACCAAGAGAAAGCCCACAAUGAGCUUAAGGGUGGAGGGCCCAGUCAAAACCCUGGUUCUAAGAGCAUGAAAGAGAGGCGAAGCUCCUGUGCCUCGACUGAGGGCCCUAAGAAGCCGAUAAAAGAUGGAGCAGAGAAGGAGAGGUCUGACUUGGCAGCAUUUUCCCGGCAGAUAUCAAAAUUAUCAGAAGACUAUUUGGCGCUGCAGCAAAAACUGAAUGAAAUGAUUCUGUCACAUCAGCUGAGGCCUGUGAUGCUCUCCAAAGACAAGCAAACUAACAGCCACCGUUCUCCUCGUGUGUGUCAACCAGCUAUAUUUCUUGCAGACUGUUUUUGUUGACCACCCAAGGUGAAAAGGUAGCGAGAAAUCAGGCUGACGUGCUACAGCCAAGAGUUUGACGUUUUUAAAAAAUGGUUUUAAGAAAGACUCGAAGUGAUGUUAUCCUACACUCUGCUGCCAUAGCAGCACAUGGUCUAAACCAGCGGCUUCCCUUCUGUCGUAAACCUUCAGCUCUGGUACCCUUUCAAGCUUUUUAGAGUAUGUGUAUGUAUACAUGCAAACACAAGUUUAUAUGUGACAGUUAUGAGACAGGCUACUUCAGUCACUGACUCUCAUCCACAUUGUUACUCAUAAGCAGUCUUACUGACAUCAAUGGGACAAGUUUACUUGUCCUAUUAAAUUUAAUAGUAAGUAAAGUAGUGCCAUCAGUCGGUGUCGACUCCUGGAGCCCACAGAGUCCUGUGGUUUUCUUUGGUAGAAUCCUGGAGGGGUUUACCAUUGCCUUCUCCCGCACAAUAUGAGAUGAUGCCUUCCAGCAUCUUCCUAUAUCACUGCUGCCCGCUAUAGGUGUUUCCCAAGGUCUGAAAAACAUACCAGCAGGGAUUCAAACCAGCAACCUCUUCCUCCCUAGGCAAGUUACUUCCACGCUGUGCCAUUAGUUGGCUACAAAUGUAAUAGUACUCAGAACUAAUUUUCUGAAGCCUGUCAGUCAGGCUGAGGGGAGGGAUAUACUGGGCCAAUCAGGAGCAGAGGAAGAGGGUCUUCACCCUCCUCUCUCACCUUCGGCAGCAAACACAUCACUGAGGAUGCAGUGGGGAACAAAUAGCAUGGCUGUUCCCCACUGAAAAACACCCCUUGGUACUUUUCAAGUACCCCUAGUAGUACUAGUACCCCUGUUUGUGAACCCCUGGUUUAAAGAAUUUGAUUGCAAAGGGGCCCCUUCUUGCCUUGACCCAGUCCUGGGAGCCACACGUUGGAGAAGGAGUUCACAAUGGGGAGGUUCUCACAAUCGUAAGAAUCCCAGUUUACUAGAAAACUCCGCUUGCUAGCCCUGCAUGCUCCCGUAGAGCAUGUCUUGAGAACUCAAGAUUUCUUCUCUAAUCCCAGAUCUGUGCUGCAACCAACCAAAAUUCAGCCAGGAUUGUUCAUCUUAGAUCUGAACUUAGCUGGUUGAUCCUGGUUAAAAUAUCUGAUGUUUGCAGCACCGCUCUGGGAUCGACUAAAAUAUCUCUGCAUUCUCACAACGUUCCAUGGGAUCAAGUGCAGCUCAGCAACUGGGAUUUUCUUGUAAAAUGAGAUUAUUUUUAUCAUGAGGUCACUUGGAAUGUGACUUCUGAACCAGGGCAGUAACUUGCCUGCGGCCACCUAAUAUGAGCAUGUGAUUCCAGCAAGACCUGACCCAGGGAUUUCUCGUUUCACAGCUCACCCUCUUCACCAUUACGCUACACUAGCUCCCUGAAAUAUAUUUUGCUUAACACAAUGAAAUGGUUUUAAGGGAGAUUCUAAUCUGACUAUGUGUUCUGCUUUAAAUAAAAGGCUCUUGUUCAUAUUUGCUUUCAGUUUGGGGAAAUGAAUUAAUUGCAUUGAAAUUCCAUUGUCUCAAGUAAAUUGUCUGCACCUUGGUUUAGAAAAGCACUAUUGUUCCUCAAAAGGCAAAAUGUUAAGAGAUAAUUGUCCAUUCAUUAAAUUAGGAGCCACUGCAUUCCAGAUAAGAAGCUAGAACAAUAAAUGUAAUCAUUACUCAACUACAUUGUAAAUUAAUGUUAUUCCUUCUGGUCCUCCAAUAUAUCAGUGACCUUUCCAAGGCUUUAUUUUACACACAUAACAAAGAAAAAGUUAUAUAGCUAAUUUUGGCAGUGCUUACACUGAUAUAUUGCUGAUCAUUUCUGAUUAUAAAUGCUUGUGCCACUUUCUUAAUUAAAACGGUGUUAUGGUACGACAGAAUAGCAUUUUCCUC